GAGCACGUCGCCUGGACUAAUUCAAACUGCGUCAGGGCAUCUUGUCUUUUGCAGGGAACACGAAGCUGAACAUGGAAGAUAUCCUCUCUGUUGAUGUGAACCCCAAGCUGGACGAGCUUGCUGUACCCAUAGUGUCUGACAGCAACGAGCCGUCUCCAGAAACACCAAACGGCGUGAAGACGGACGCUGAGGAAUCCAAGCCCUCUAAUGAUCAACAAGAUGGUAAAGAGUCUUCCGGAGGUAGAAGAGGAAACCGCUACCAUCCUUACAAAGACAAAAACAGUGGUGAAAAGAGAAGUGGUCAUAAAAACCAGGUGUUCAUCAGCAACAUUCCCUAUGAAAUGAAAUGGCAGGCAAUUAAAGAUCUCAUGCGAGAGAAAGUCGGUGAGGUAACAUACGUGGAGCUCUUUAAGGAUGCUGAAGGAAAGUCAAGGGGUUGUGGUGUGGUGGAAUUCAAAGAUGAAGAGUUUGUGAAAAAAGCAAUAGAAACAAUGAAUAAAUAUGACUUGUUUGGAAGGCCUCUCAACAUCAAGGAGGACACUGAUGGAGAACAUGUGCGACGUGUGCUGCAGCGCAUGGGAGAUGGAGUUCGGGGGCAGGAAAUGGGACCUGGUGUAAUAAAUAUCCCCCCCUCAAUCGCCAACAAUCCCAACAUUCCACAUGAAAUCAAGCAUGCACUGCAAACGGGUCGACUAGGAUCUACAGUGUUUGUGGCCAAUCUUGAUUUCAAGGUGGGCUGGAAGAAGCUAAAGGAAGUGUUUAGCAUGGCAGGUAUGGUAAAACGGUCUGACGUAAAAGAGGACAAGGAUGGCAAGAGCCGUGGCAUGGGUACCGUUACUUUUGAGCAGCCACUGGAGGCUGUGCAGGCUAUAUCAAUGUUUAAUGGACAGAUGCUCUUUGACAGACAGAUGCAUGUAAAAAUGGAUGAAAAAUCCCUGCCCCCUGAUGAUAUUCGACAAGUUGAAAAAACACCUCAGCUCCCACGUGGUCUAUCUGGUGUUGGCAUGGGACUGGGACCAGGAGGGCAACCUAUUAAUGCAAACAAUCUGAACAGCGGAGGAAGUAUGGGUAGCAUGGGCGCAGGAGUUAUGGAUAUCCCAGGUUAUGGUGGAAUGAACAGAGGGGGUGUUGGUGGAGGUUUUGGAGUCAUGGACAUGGCCAACAUGGGUAACUUUGGAGGAAGAGAAAUACCGCCAAUUGGCAGAAUGGGCGAUAUGUACCGGUCAAGAAUGGGCGGGAUGGAUUUUGGCUGUGACAUGCCAUUGAAUCGAGGAUUUGGCGAUUCAUUUGGAGCAAUGAGUGGUGGCAUGGGCAGUAUGGCGAUGGAUCGAAUGGGCAUGUCAGGAAUGGACAUGAACCGCGGCUUUGGGGGCUUUGGAGGCGGACCGAGUUACAUGGGCGGAGGCAUGUCUGACCGAAGCUUUGGAUCCAAAGCAGGCUGUCAGAUAUUUGUGCGAAAUCUCCCCUAUGAUCUUACAUGGCAAAAGCUUAAAGAGAAGUUCAGUCACUGCGGCCAGGUGAUGUUUGCAGAGAUCAAGAUGGAGAAUGGCAAGUCCAAGGGCUGCGGAACUGUGAGAUUUGACUGUCCUGAGAGUGCAGAGAAAGCCUGCAGACUGAUGAAUUUCAACAAGAUCAAUGGCCGAGAGGUGGAUGUCCGUAUUGAUCGCAAUGCCUAAACCUUUUGUAAGAACAGGCUCACACAGUGAGCUGUAGUUUUGUUUUAAAAACACAAUUACUUCAUCUAGACUCCACAGUUUUCACAUUUGUUUCUGCGGAUAUAUUCAUACAUUCUGUAGUCCAUUUCAUCUGUUUUGUAAACCUUUUUUAAUUAUCUGUCAGUUUGAGCAAAUAAACAUUUUAAUUUUUAAA